AUGGCAAGACCGAAAAAGACCCCGAAAAAGACCGAAUCUAAGAACAAGGCUGGGACCAAGCCUAAGACUAAGAAAGGGAAUGUCCAGAGACCUUCUUCGCUCGACCCAGCGCAUGUCGUAAAGUUUCUUGUCAACGAACCGAAUUUUCCGUCUCCUCUUCGGCUAACAGCCAAAGUACUGGAAAAGUGGCUCAGGGCCAUGGACACUGGUGCUUCCAACCAGGCCCGCAAAGAUGUCACAGUGGCGGUGCUUUCUGGGCUGCAAGCUGCAAGCGACCCACCAGUCACUCGUCAACAAUGUGAGGAUUUCAUCCGCCGUCAUGGCGUCAGCGAGACAGACCCUGUUCUUGUCAACUCGUGGUCUGAGUUCAUUGCUUCCCAUUCAGGGUCGGACGAUUUGGAAGAGGAUUGCGCAGAGGAAAUUGGGGCAGGCAAACACAAGGUCAAGAAGCCUGAGGUCAGACUCCGCCAUUACCAUCAACAGCAGUCCGUCUUCCCAAAAACCGCUCCCAGUGUCGCCAGUCCCGUGAGAUUCAGAGUAAGCGUCAAUCCCCAGGACAGAGAGACUCUCCAGCAGCUCGUCAUAGACGAAUUCAACCGCAAGUUUCUGAAUCGGGCAAAAGAAGCCCGGGCAAAACACAUUUUCCGCAGAUUCUCCGGCGCAGGACUCGACGUCAAGAAGCAAUGGGCAAAGGAAAGUGUUUACUGCACGACUAUGCGUUCAUUCUGCCUUAACGGCGAAGAGAUGGCAUACUGGAGCAUCAUGGCCAACGUGGCGGAUUCAUCUGCCAAUGACAAUAUACCCGCGGCCAGAGUCUCUUUUGCCUUGGCGACUCUCAUGUUGGAGAAAUGGGAGCAGCUGCCGGAAGAAAUGCCAGAAUUAGCCUGGGUUAAUAUGGAAUACACGACUUCGACAGGCCUCAAGAGAUUCAAGACGCCAUUGUUGCAACAAAUGUUGAGGCCUCCACGCGAUAAGAGCCGCAAGUUCGAUGUUCUGUCGCCUCAGUACAAGUUUGAGGCACGUGUGCCUCGCCUUGAAACCAUCAUCGACCCUGGCCACAGGAUGCAUCGCACCCCAGGCAGCGCGGAAGUGGAUGCUCAUGCGCAGUUCAAGAGGUAUGCACUUCAGAGUAUCCUCAAGCUCAUGAAGACAUCUCCUCGUGGUGGUGCGGUCGUCAGGACCGUACCUUUGACAUGGCCCAAAUUGGUCACGCAAGGUCUCGCAAGACCACCACGGCCAUUCAACCCAGUUGCCGGCAAGUUCGUGAAGUUGAGAGAGGUUGAAGACGUUCUUGCCUCACAACACGAAGCCAGGUCGAUUCAUCUGAGCCAGGCGCGUACAAAUGAUCGAUUGGUGUGCGUGGUCCGCUACAGCUCGACCACCACGAGAAGCCUCUCGGCCGAUGCAGACCACGUUCGAGAUAUUCUCGUCGGUCUACGAGAAUCCUUCCCCGAGGUCCAGUUCCAUCCUAACAAGCAAGCCGUCAUGGUUCGCGGAUACAACACGAGAAGCAGCUUGACACCUUCCCUUUGGCAUGACAUCGACCAGGAGAUCAAGGUGUCGCGUUACGGUUUCGUGUUCCAGGACUACGAAAAUAAUAAGGUUCUGGACCACAAGAUGCGUACACAAGCCGUUGCUGAAUUGUUCACCAGACAUCUAUCUGGUCAGUUUGAGUUGGCCAAGGAGCUGAAGUUGUCGCUGGCACUUUUCUUGGUUGGUCAUGAUUCGUUGGGGAGCAGUCGGGAACGCAUAGUUGCGUACGUCAAGGACGUCCAUGAAUCAACAGGACAGGGAUUCAACAUCUUCAUCGACGCUUUGUCCGAAGAGACACCAAUAUGGGGCAUGUGA